AAAACAGGCCUUCAGUCAACAAUUGUGUUUACAACAAUUCGUUUCACAAUCGGCGAACAGAAUGAACCGAUCAAUGCAUGCAACAAUACUAAGCCUAUUUAUUAUAUUGUGUAGUGAAGGUGCCGUGAUCCGGGCCCAGCAACCACCACAAAAAUGCUGCCUGAAGCCAGAUAUGUGUAGCUUUUUCACAGCAUCGCUCAUUGGUUACGUACAGGAGAGUGAUCGUGCAUACGGAUCGUAUCCACAAACUGUAGGCAUCGUCGCCGACUUCCCGAAUUCACGUUUUGCUCUGAAUAUUACUACGACGUUGAAUGGAAACACGUCGAACGCUAUUAUUAUUGAGAAAUAUAAGGAGAAUUUACAAUGGGUUAUAGAUCCAUUGGCAAAAACGUGUCAUGUGAUGGCUAUUCCAGAGGACCGAAUGAUCGAAAGGUGUAUACCAGAUGAAGCGCAGUUCAGUGGGCAGGUAACAUUUGCAGGCGAUAGGCUUUGUAACGUGUGGACGUUUCCUCUGAAAACCAAGUCGUUAGAUGGCAUGUUUACAAGUACGGUAACGGCGGAUGAAUGUAUUCCAGUUACUUCAAGUUAUACCGGUACAGACUCACAAGGAGGGUCAAAAACUUAUGUUGUUGAAGGUACUGGUUACUACGAUUUUAAGUCGCUGAAUGAUGUAUCAAAGUAUUUUGUCUUACCACCUUACUGUCAGAAGAUUGAAGACCCGCUUUUUACUAUGAAAAGAAAAGUGUCAAAUGAAGUAAAGAGGAUAAAGCAAAUCAGACGUUUCCUGUAGCCAUUGAAAAAACUACGCCUAUAUGGUCACAUCAGACUGUGUUUCUUCAAACCAGCAUAUCAAUUAAAUUUAUGAAGACUAAAAAUAAUGUUUAUUGGAGCAAAAAAUUAGCUUGUUUUUAGCGCAUAAAUACAGACCCGGUAUAUGCCUAAAUGCUUUUAGCAGUACACUUUUAGUCAAAGUUUGAUUUACAAUUCGCUGUAUCAUCAUAACAUUUUAAGAAUUCUAAUAAUAGAUUUAAUUAAUUUCAUUUUAACUAACAAUAAUUCUAUUAAUAAUGAAAUUAAUCUGACAAUUAUACAAUUGAAAAUGCAUAUAUAUUUCUUUAAAGUAAUUUUCUUAAUUAAUGUAAAAGUUAAUUUUAAAUUAAUAUUUUUUUUAUAAAAAAAUAAGUCAAUGUGAGUACAUAUAGGUCUUCCUUCUCAACUGUGCACGCUGUCAACGCUGAUAAAUGAAGAAGCACUCCAUCACAAGUGGUCUUCAUUGUUUUUUUUCCUCCUCGAUUUUCUUUUCUGUUACUUUAUCGUAGGCCUAUUCUACACCGAAUUUUAUUGAAAUUAAUGAUAAAAUAAAUUGAUGUGGAUAGAUCCAUAUGCAAAUGUAAUGCUUUCGGUGUGUAGAUAUAUGAAUUACCAGGGAACAGUGAAAUUACUCAUGGCAUGAUACGACGUCAAUCAUAAUAGAGAGCAUGCGCAAAGCAAUUUUAACUAGUUUUAAAUUGUUUAUCAGUUGAUCAUGAUAAGAACGGCGGUGUCGCGGGUUAUAACUUUAAUGUUCGGUUCGAGAUGUUUCCAUGUAAUUUCACUGUUCCCUGAGAUUACUCUAAGUUUGAUGAUAGUGUCGUUGCUCCUGGUUCUCUUCGGUUUUCAUAAAUUCUUUAGACGGUUUAGUGUUUCGAUGCUAAUGAAUCAUAGUGCAUGUCAACUUAUUAAUUCAAAUUUAAAUUCAAAUUCAGAUUCAAAUUUAUUUAUUCAUCAUAAAACUGUUAAACUACUUGAACAAAGUACUUAUAAAAUGAUAGAAAGUAAAACCAAGAAGCUAUUUGAGUUUAUUUGGCGUUUCCUUUUCAUUCAUUUCCAAUUCACUAGUAUUUUACUUGAAUUUUUAUGUGUUUCGAGAAUGAAUAAAAUUUACUUGGUCUGAGUAUGAGCAAUUGAA